AUGGUCAUCAAAGUUGCGUCCACGGUUCAAGCCGUCGACUUCACCUCAUCGCCAUCUCAGCGCCGUCCACGCAACUCAGCUGAACUAACGGCCUUCACACGCCGCAAAGGACGAAAAGCAACCACAGCCAUGGAACCUCCAACACCCGCAGAAGCGCAGCCCGCGCCGCCGCGAGAAACACUAUCGCGCCGCAUCCUCUCCGAGCUGGGCCUCCUCUCCCUCGCCCGCUCCCCCCUCGACGUCAAGCUCCUCAUCGCCCAGCGCCUCGUCCGCCUCUCCGCCUACGGCGCCUCCACGCUCGUCCUCGUCUCGCUCCUGCGCGCGCUCGGCCACUCGCGCGCCCAGGCGGGCCUCUUCAUGAGCCUGACGCUCGCCGGCGACGUGCUCGUCUCCCUGCUGCUCGCGCUCGCCGCCGACCGGCUGCUGGGCCGGCGCGCCGUGCUGGCCCUCGGCGCGGGCCUCAUGGCCGCCAGCGGGCUCGUCUUCGCCGCCGCGCCGCGGUCCUACGCCGUGCUGCUCGCCGCGGCGGUGCUGGGCGUGAUUAGCCCCAGCGGGAAUGAGAUUGGGCCGUUCCGCGCCGUGGAGGAGAGCGUCGUGGCGCAUUUGACUCCCAGGGAGGAUCGCGCCGAUGUGUAUGCGUGGUAUAGCCUGGCGGGGACGGCGGGCACGGCGCUGGGGAUGGUGACAUGCGGGUGGGCGGUGGAGGCGGCGACGGCGAGGUUGGGGUGGACGCUGCUGGAUGCGUAUCGCGCCGUGUUUGUCGCGUAUGCGGCGCUCGGGGUGGUGAAGCUGGUGCUCGCGCUCGCGCUGUCCCCGGCUGUCGAGGCCGAUGAGAAGCCCCAGCGGGAAGCUUCUGCUGCUGAUGUCUCCGCGGAGGAGACGACGCCGCUGCUGCCCGACGGCGCGCAGGAAGAAACCCAGACGAAGAAGGUCAACGCGGCGCGACGCUGGUGGACGGCCAUGCUGCCGCAGCUCAGCCCCGAGAGCAAGGGCAUCACCGCCGCGCUGUGCCUCCUGUUUGCGCUCGACUCGUUUGCGUCGGGCCUCGUCCUGGGUCACCUACUACUUUCGCUCGCGCUUCGACCUCGACGAGGGCCGCCUCGGCUCCGUCUUCUUCACCACGAGCCUCAUCUCCGCCUCGUCCGUCAUCGUCGCCUCCUCGCUCGCCAAGCGCCUCGGCAACGUCAAGGUAGCCUUCCCUCUUCAUCUUGUGCUGCCCUCCGCUCCAUUUCAUGCCCGAUACGCCCCUACGCAUGA